AUGAGGGAGAGUUUGAGGGAAGCCUUUGGAGGUCCAGAGGCUGCUUGGAGAUAUGAGCCAGAUGUUGGGUUGGUUGGCGUUGCCUCCAAGGGAUGCGUUGCUGGGAGUGACGUCCCUUUCUUCUUUCUCCACACAGCCUUUGGAGGUCCAGAGGCUGCUUGGAGAUAUGAGCCAGAUGUUGGGUUGGUUGGCGUUGCCUCCAAGGGAUGCGUUGCUGGGAGUGACGUCCCUUCCCUUCUUCUCCCCACAGCCUUUGUCCUGAGCGUUUGCUUCUUCUCAACCGAGGCCUACUACAAGCGGACAAAUAUCACGGUGGAGCCACCAAUGCCGAUGGAAGGAGGAAGCGUCCGCCUCACCCCGGUCACCCUGACCAUUGCCCAGGUGUUCUGCCGCUGGUUCCGAGGGGAAAUGAGAAGGAAUGAAACCAUCCUGACCGCUUUCUUCUACCCAAGAUUUAAAGUGAAGAAGGGGCCAAACUUCACCGGGCGAGAGACCAUACGGCCCGACUGCUCCCUUGAGAUCACACCCUUGAAUAUCACCGACCUGGCAAACUAUAUCACAUUGAUCGAAGGCCCUGAGGAUAUGCGGAUCGGAAGUGUAGAGCUUAUCGUCCACUGUAGGCUAUAA